AUGCGCGCUCCCGGGACGUCUGGGCGCCCACGUGGUCGUGACCCGCUCGGCGCGCGCGCAGCUCCCUGGUGCCCGAGGUACCCAGAGCCAGGAGUGUGGCCCCGUCUCCUCUCCAUGGGAGCUUCCCUUUUGAAGCUCGAGGCUGUAGCCCAGCAAACCGCCUGCAGGACUCACCCCACGCUGCCUCUGCUGCGCUCUGAUCUACGCUGCCUCAGACGGACCCUCAUGGCUGAGCACCUGGAGGCUGUGCCUGGGAAGGCCGAGCCUGCGUCUGUGGCCAGCGAGGCCCCGGGGAACAAGGUUAGGGGAAGCAAGGACCGGGAGCUGAAGAAGUGGGAGGAAACGGAACCCCGAGCCAAGAGGCUGAAGAACAGCGAGGAAGAGGAGGAGCACAGUAAAAAACUCCCCAAGAGGAAGAUUGUGCUGCUGAUGGCCUAUUCUGGGAAAGGCUACCACGGGAUGCAGAGGAAUUUGGGGUCCUCCCAGUUCAAGACUAUUGAGGAUGACUUGGUGUCUGCCCUUGUUCAGUCUGGCUGCAUUCCGGAGAACCAUGGUGAAGAUAUGAAGAAAAUGUCCUUUCAGAGGUGUGCACGGACAGACAAGGGUGUGUCUGCUGCUGGCCAGAUUGUAUCCCUGAAGGUGUGGCUCAUUGACAACAUUUUGGAAAAGAUUAAUAGUCAUCUUCCAUCUCAUAUCCGGAUCCUAGGUUUGAAGAGAGUCACCGGGAGUUUUAAUUCGAAGAACAGAUGCGACGCAAGGACCUAUUUCUACAUGCUGCCGACCUUCGCCUUCGCCCACAAGGACCACGACGUCCAGGACGAGAGGUACCGCCUGAGCCCGGAAACCCUUGAGAAAGUCAACCAGCUCCUGGCUGGCUACAAGGGGACCCACAACUUUCACAACUUCACCUCUCAGAAGGGCCCCAAGGAGCCAAGCGCCAGGCGCUACAUCAUGGAGAUGCACUGCGAGGCGCCCUUUGUGCGGGAAGGCAUGGAGUUUGCCGUGAUCAAGGUCAAGGGCCAGAGCUUUAUGAUGCACCAGAUCAGGAAGAUGAUCGGCUUGGUGAUCGCCAUCAUGAAGGGCUACGUGCCCGAGUCCGUGAUGGAGCGCAGCUGGGGAGAGGAGAAGGUGGACAUCCCCAAAGCGCCAGGGCUCGGGCUCGUCCUGGAGAGGGUCCAUUUCGAACAGUACAAUCGGCGUUUCGGGAACGAUGGGCUGCAUGAACCCCUGGACUGGGUGGAAGAGGAGGAGAAGAUGACUGUGUUCAAAGAGCAGUAUAUCUACCCCACCAUCAUCAAGACGGAGAUGGAGGAGCACUCCAUGACGAACUGGCUGAACACUCUUCCAAACCACGACUUUGAUGCUGGCUCUCUGGAGGCCAAAGCAGAUGCCGGGGACGCGAAGACUACUGGUAGUCUUAAAGGCAGUGACGGAGGUGGGGAUGACUCUGACUGAGAGGACGUACGUCACCAGGGGAGCAGAGCCACACCAUUUCCGUAUCUUACCUCGGCGGACCUUUGCAAAUUCCUCUGCAACACACAUCGUCACACAUCCUUGGCUUAUUGACUUGCUUAUUGUGACCAGUUGCUAAUGAUAGAUAGGAGCUGGGGAGAUAGAAAUCAUCGGGAUCAUGGUCCUUGACAUAGAGGAUGUCAGGGCCAGAAAUACUUGAAAAUUUUAUGCUUAAAAUAAAGGACUGACUUGAGGAUUCCAAAGCAUGGUAGCCUUCUAUGUUUGGAACACAAAAUAAACUGCCUCUAGUCUGCUGUUA